AAUUCGGGUUUUUCCCUCUAUGGAUUAAAAUUAACUACAAUUUCCACGAAUUUUCCAAGCGUCGAGCAGAAAUUUUCAACACUUUAAAGAAAGUUUUUGCCAUCCCACAGACUGACGAUAGUCCCGCAAGAGAAUAUAUGGUGUAUAUGGGUAUAUCCCUCGGGAAACGGGACGUGCUUAUAUGUGUGUUGGUGCCCCAGUGUGUACGGCAAAACAUUAGGACUUCACUUCAAUACGAAGACACCUCGAUACAGCUCAGGCGAGCGCAUGUUACGGGGAUAUAUUUUUCAAGGAUAAAAAAUAAAAAUUACAUAUCUUGGUCGCAGAAGAAUAAGUUGACAGGGUCUGACUUGAGUAUUUCUUCUGCGAUGAGCAGCGAUUUCGGUGAGCUUUGCGAUCCCGCGUAUGAGGACAUGAACAACAAUGAUAUUGCAACAAGAAAUGUUGUGCACCACUCUUAUCAGGAUUACCAACCUCGAGGCCUCGCUAAAGACGAGAACUUCAACGACAUCCAAAACGAAAUACUACACACAAAAAGAGAACGGUAUGAAGCUUCGAUACCUCACAAUGACUCUGAAAAUAAAGAUUUUCGUUACCAAGGCAACGAAAGUGUCAGUUCAGUGCGCCCUUAUGGUGGAAGUGAUCAAUCUGCAAACAUAGAUUCCCGUUGUCAAGAUAACCGCAUUGUUAGUUCAUUGCGCCCUUUUGAAGAGGAUUCUUCAAAUAUGAAUUCCCGAAGUGAAGGCAGUCACAGUGUUAGUUCAGUGCGCCCUUAUAAUGAAGAUGAUUCUUCAAAUAUGAAUUCCCGUAGUCAAGGCAACUACAGCGUAAGUUCAGUGCGCACUUAUCGUGAAGGCGUUAAUACAAAUACUGGCCCUAAACUGGUGCGUGCCAAUUAUGGAUAUAUAAGCGCAUCUCCUAAGCUAGACUCAACGAGUGCAGCAUCGGAGGAAUCAGAAAAGCUUUCGUAUGGAGCGUUCUUCUUUGUGGAUAAGAAUUCCUCUCCCAAGAAAGUGUACUCAAAGAAUCGUGAGGCACGGUCGGUAGAGUCAAAUGAUUCUGACCAAUUCGAGCCACCGGAUGCUUCGAGUCCCUUCCCUACGAAUGAUGGUCCUGGAUCUAACAGUGGUCAUUAUGGAGAUGCCAUUUAUCCUGCAAGAGAGUACAAUUUGGCGCGAGAGACUCCCAAAAGCUAUGAAGAAGGAAUUAAAUAUUCACAAAGAUCAGAGAUAGAUGUUCUUCGUCCUAACAGCGACCUGGAUAAUGGUGCACCAAGGGAAAGCUUAACGCGAGAGUCACCGAGGAGCGAUCAAGAAGACAUUCUUUUUUCACGGAAAACAGAGUUCUCUUUUGAAAAGCCAACGCUGUUUGACAGCGACCAUGAAAGAGAGUUACUCUACUGGAGCAGAAAUGUCAGCCAGAAUGAGCAAGAAACUGAUGAACAUCCUUCUCUCUGGUACCAACCGAGGCUGACGACUGAGAUUAGCUAUGACAGAAACCCACAAAACCAGCUCGAACAUGCUUAUGGUAGAUCGCCUCUGAGUUCUUCAGACGCGCAACGAGACGUUCAAGAAAGGAAACCAAAUCUACUUAAAAAACACCUUCAAGGAAAUGAUUUGAGACCAGUAGGUUACUGGCAGGGGGAUGAGCAGGGAUCAAGCUCCCAUGGUGAUGACGUUGGUUACCAUAGAAAUGAACAAGUCCAAAGCAACUUUACGAGCUAUCGUAUACCGGAUAAACUUGAAGAUAGACGAGGACUGAGUUACCAAGGAUAUAGUGUUGGUCGCUAUAGUGACGGAGAAUGCCCUAGCAACCAUACAGGUUAUCAUGAUGAUCAUAAUCAAAGACUUAGUUACUAUGAAGAUAGUUUUCAUUACUAUGGAAACGAACAAGUCGCUAGCAACCAUGCAGAUAUGUCGUUUAGUAACCAUAGAUGUGACGAGGAUCAACGACCUAGUUACUAUGGAAACGACUGGACUAGUCAUGAAAGUUACAUGGAGGCUGAACCAGAACCCGAACCAUCCCCUGUGACGUCACGCCUGUCGUUAGAAGAAAGAAAUGGACAAGCAGCUGUGCGCCAGUCCACGCCAAGCAGCUCGUCCAGCGGAUUCUUUACCGCUGACCAGUCUGUUGUCCUCAGAUCAGACAAAAUAAGCCGCUCGAUGCCAAGCCUACAUGCCAAGCAGCAUGACGACAUGUUGAGUACGCCUCAACCCCGAUGGAGCGACUCUAGACGAAGCAACAACGGUAACCAUAGCGACUAUCGCACGAACAUGUCCAAGUACGAAAGUGAGGCUGUUCUGGAAGACAACGUUUUCGUUGAUAUACAUAAGAAUAGUGUGAGGUUUAAGGCUGCACCACAGUACUGCUCUCCACCUGACUAUCAAGAGGCGAUGAUCAGAAAAUCGUACUUGUCCCUCAGUUCUGUCAGUCUUGACUCUAAGCGCAUGAAAGCCAAAAGUCCGCUGUUAUCUUCACAGAGUGUCACCUCCAUUUAUAAAGAGAAAGAGGCAUUACUAAGCAGAGAGGAGUUACAAGAAAGUAUCCGGUCAGCCGAAGAGAAACAAUGGGAGAUACUGCUCAAAAAGUCCAAGGAGUUCCUCAUUGCCGCGAAAAUGGGCGCCGAAGAAGAAGUACGAAACUUGCUCGAAGAAGACGUCGACGUUGACUACAAAAAUGAGUUUGGUCACACGGCAUUAAUGGUCGCCAGUAGAGAAGGUCAUCUUGAAGUGAUCCAUGUCCUCAUCGAUCACGGGGCGAACAUGAAUAUUCAAGACAAGUACGGCAAGUCGGCCCUUCAUGAAGCAGCAUGGAGCGGGAAACACCAAGUUAUCAAUGCUCUUCUCUCCAACGAGGCUGAAAUGAACUGCGUCGAUGAGGAGGGUAGAACUCCACUGCAAUACGCCUCCCUGCGAGGCAAAACCAAGGUGGUAGAGGUAUUGCUGCAAUUUGGUGCCGAAGAUUCGAUUCUAAAUAAGGAUGGUGAGUCGGCCGUGGAAAUCGCCUAUCGCUGCCGUCACAAAGAUAUCGUAAAGCUGUUGCUUAAGUCAACUGAUAAGAAAACCCGUAAAAAUAUGAAAGCGAAAAUAAGAAAGCAGAGAAUACAGCGUCUUACAACUGCGACCUCGUUACCUAAUCUUACAAAGGCUACCUCACUGAAAACCCUUAGGAGAUCAAGGAGUAAGCCUGACGUUAACAAGAAAGGAACAUGUGUCAUACAAUAACCAAUGAGAGACGUUUGAUCUGUGAUAUUUGACUCUGGACUCUUGAAAAUAAGUUUCAACCAGAGAAAGGUUUUCUAGAGUCGUCAAGGACAACGGACAAUUAAGAAGUUCAAUUAACGUGGGUUCUGAAAAUAUUCGACAGUCUAAAACUAGACAUGAAGUGCUUUUGAGCUUCACGCUCACUUAACCAUAAUUAGAGGAAGUUUGCAAGUGUUUGGGAUAGAAAGAUUGACUAUGAAAAAUACAAAAGUGCAGAGAGGAAAUGAAACGAUGAUAAAUGAUACCUUAACAUAGUGACCGCAUAGAAACUAAAGACUAUUGUUAAAGGAUUAAGAACUCUAUAUAAAGAGAAAUUCUAAGCAAAAAUUAAUAAUCUCAUUAGGGUAGAAACUAUAGGUUUUUAGUAUAGAGUGAACGAGGUAUGAAUGGACUUUUCAAAAGGUGUAAUUGCUUGAGUUACUUCGUGUGAGGUUUGAAGACAGGCCCAAAUGUGAAAACUCAAUGGUCUAAAAAGCCAUCAACGAUGUUGAAUCAGCUUUGUUUUAAGUGAUAACCGUCAGAGCUAAUGGCUUGUCUAGUAAUGGAUAAACCAACUUAGAUAGUUUUUCAUUGUAUUAAUUCUUUGUUUAGACAACGCCAAGUUGAAAUGUAUAAUUGUACGUAAAUUGGUUUUCGAUCAACCAUGUGCCAAGACAACUGAACAUUCUGUUUGCAAAAAAAGAAAGAAAAAAAAAAAAUAGAAAAAAAAAAUCAAAUUA